AUGUCCAAAUCAGACCAUGGCCCCUCGGGCCCGGCCGACCGCAUCCCUACGUACGAAGAAGCGCUGGCUUCAUCCAGCAGUCAUCCCGUAAGCUGGCCGCGGAGGACAACGUCUAACGCGAUAAGUAUCCGUGACGAACGGACCCGGCGAGUCGUCGAGGUUGUUACCAAAACCAUCAUCCCCAGCUUUGCAAACCACGUCUCGAAUCUUUGCAACCACAUCACCAUUGUCCUCGUUCCUGCAGACAGCUUUCCAGCCUCCAAGACAGUGACGGAGCAGAAUGUCGUCUCCCCACCACUGCACAGCUUCAGGACAACGGGUAAUGUGGUGACCCUGUCCGGAACCGAGAAUCGUGCUUCAUUCUGGACGCAGCAGUCUGUGGUGCAGGAGCUCGAUCAAAUACUGAGGAGGGAACUCUCAGGCUCCUCGCCAGCUGCACCACCCAAGCUUGCGGAUGAAAAGACUCAAUCCGUACCAUUGCCGCCGCUCCAAGUCCAGCCAGCACCAGGAGCUCAGCUUCCCCCUCGACCAAGCAAGCAGUCAUGGCUCAAACGCACUUUCGCCUUACCCGGCGAGGACCACGACCCGACAGGCGAGACAGGCAAAUGGGAUCUCGGCUGGCGGAGUCCCGAACCUUGUGAGACGAAUACAGACCAAUUUAGCCGGACGUCGCAACGGAGAGAUGGAAUGAAGACACUACAAGCCGACGAGGUAUCAGUUCAGACCAAGCUUCAAGACGUUAGUUUCCGCACAGAGAAUGAGAUGGGGCUCCUUGAGACUACGACCGUCAAAUGCAUAUGGAUCGAAAUCGAGGUGGGCGUCUAG